CGCUUGGUGGUGCCUGCGGGGGAACGAGUCGACUUCCCGCCAACAAUCAGCUGCUACAUUCAAGCUUUUAGUUCUGCUCUUUUCGUGCGCAUUGUUUCUGGAGCAACUUCCUGCAUCGAUACGCCGCAUCCAUCAUGUCGUUCGGCGGACAGACGCCCACUAUUGUGGUGCUCCGGGAAGGCACCGACCAGUCUCAGGGACGCGGGCAAAUUAUCUCCAACAUCAACGCAUGUCUCGCCGUACAGUCGACCAUCAAGGGAACUCUGGGUCCUUAUGGCGGUGAUUUGUUGAUGGUCGACGAGAACGGCCGCCAGACCAUCACGAACGAUGGCGCCACAGUAAUGAAACUCCUCGAUAUCGUGCACCCGGCUGCCCGCAUUCUCACCGAUAUUGCGCGCUCGCAAGAUUCCGAGGUGGGCGACGGCACCACUUCGGUUGUGGUCCUAGCCGGUGAGAUCUUGAAAGAGAUCAAGGACUAUGUUGAGCAGGGUGUGAGCAGCCAAACCAUCAUCAAAGGCCUGCGGAGAGCUUCCAACAUUGCAGUCAACAAGGUGAUGGAGAUCGCAGUCGAUACCGCCGAGGGCAACAAGCGGGAUACGCUUCAGAAGCUCGCUGCCACAGCCAUGAGCAGCAAGCUAAUACAUCGCAAUUCUGCUUUCUUCACCAAGAUGGUCGUGGACGCUGUGCUCUCCCUCGACCAGGACGACCUCAAUGAAAGGCUCAUCGGUGUCAAGAAAAUUACAGGCGGUGCACUACAGGAUUCGCUUUUUGUGAACGGCGUGGCGUUCAAGAAGACGUUCUCAUAUGCCGGUUUCGAGCAGCAGCCCAAGGCCUUUACGAACCCCAAGAUCGUGUGCCUGAACGUCGAGCUGGAGCUUAAGAGCGAAAAGGAUAAUGCAGAGGUCCGCGUGGAACAGGUAUCAGAAUACCAGGCUAUUGUGGACGCAGAGUGGCAGAUCAUCUUCAACAAGAUGGAGGCGCUGUACAAGACAGGUGCAAAGGUGGUGCUCAGCAAACUUCCUAUUGGCGAUUUGGCGACACAGUACUUUGCCGACCGAGACGUUUUCUGCGCUGGGCGUGUAGCAUCAGACGACCUCGACCGCGUGUGCCGGGCAACAGGCGCGAGCAUCCAGUCCACCUGCUCUGACAUCCAAGCCAAGCACCUAGGUACCUGCCAGAGGUUUGACGAGCGACAAAUCGGCGGCGAGCGAUUCAACUUCUUCGAGGGCUGCCCCGAAGCGAAGACCUGCACCCUUGUACUCCGUGGUGGUGCUGAGCAGUUCAUCGCCGAGGUUGAGCGAAGUCUGCACGACGCGAUCAUGAUUGUCAAGCGUGCAAUCCAAAACAGGAACAUCGUAGCAGGAGGAGGAGCUUGCGAGAUGGAAGUCUCGGCCUACCUACACGCCUUUGCCGAUAAGGAUGUACGGAACAAGCAGCAGCCUAUUAUCAAGGCCUUUGCCAAAGCUCUCGAAGUUAUCCCAAGGCAACUUUGCGACAACGCUGGCAUCGACGCAACGGACAUCCUCAACCGCCUACGAGUCGAACACAAGAAGGGCAACAUUUGGGCCGGUGUCGACUUCGUGGAUGAGGGCAUUGCGAACAACAUGGAAAAGUUCGUUUGGGAACCUAGCCUGGUCAAGAUCAACGCUCUGCAGGCUGCCACCGAAGCAGCGUGCCUAAUCUUGAGUGUAGACGAGACCAUUAGGAAUCAAGAAUCGCAACAGCCGAAUGCCCCGAACCAGCCUUUACCGCCAGGCGCGGCGCAAAGGGCGCUUGGUGGACGGGGUCGUGGCAGAGGCAUGCCUAGGAGAUAGAGAAGGGUGUGAUAUGUGGAGUGGAUGUAGGGAUACCACAAACGUAGCUGUGCGACAGCGAAAAGCUGCACAGUACGAUAAUGACAAUAGUGAAUCACGAAUGCCAGAUAAGAUGGUGACAACGAUGACGAUGACC